AUGGUCAUAUAUUUGUUUCUCGCAUUAACUAUCUUCUCAACAGUUUAUUCUCGAUCUUGCCUGACACAGCACAGGUCACCAUGUGCAGUUCGUACACGCUCUUUCCCACUAGCAGUGUUUACCGGUGAUAGUACUGAAUCAUCAGGUAUGGAACCACCAGUUUAUGACGAGUUUAUUACCGUAGCUUCACCUUUUAACUUCUCUGCGCCACCGAAAGAAGGCUUCCGUAGCUUUUGUGAUUGCCCACUAAAUGACACUUGCUCCUUUGUUAACGACAGUUACGUGAUUGACAUUGACCGAACAAUUUCCCUGGCAUUCUGCGACCAAAUUAAAAAUCUUUUUACAAAGCAGUGCCACAACGCCCGAGAAUUUAUUCGCAUUAUUGGAAAUAUUCAUGAAAGCGGUGAAGCGUUAGUAUCGGUAGAAGACGUAUUUAUGUACUGCCACUGCGAUCGAGGUUAUCGAAGACUUCAAGUCGAGCCUUGGACUGAUGGGUGGUAUGCUUUCGUCUUCCAGUGUGCGUAG